UCCAAAGUAUAAACAAAAACCACAAAAAAUAUUAUAAUGAGAUUGAAUUUUUUCAGAUGUAUAUUUUAUUUUGAAUUAGUGUGUUGACAUAUUGAAAACAGAUGUGGAUAUGUGAUUCAGAAGCAAUGACAGAAUAUCUAGGAACAAUUUUCAUUUUCCUGUCCUUUCUUGCUCUGACAGCUUGUAGGGUACCAGUUGUGACAUUAAGGACUAAAGAAAAUUGUACGACCUACAUCCUGGUACACAACGUCCUACAGAUUGAAUGGUUUGCUGAUGUGUUAUUGAACUGUACAGUAGAAGUGGAUACCAUUAAAACUUUAUCUGCAUAUGAAUACUUGUGUAUACAGCCUAAAACUUUGUAUUUUCCUAAAUGUAUUGCUAAAGUUACAGUUUAUGAGAAGUUCACCUCAAAUCCACCUGUCAUGACACGUAAUUGUGUGAACAAUUUGGACCCUACAUUUUGUACCCCAGGAAACAACCCAUUUCUUAUCAAGUUUGAGGCUCAGCAAAAAUCUGGUGCCCACGUUGUGUUCAGAAUAGAAGGCAAAAAUGGACAAUAUAGUACAGAUGAUGACGAUGAUGAUGACCACAGUGCUGAUGCCUUAGUGACACAAAUUGUCUUAGCUGUAGGUUCCAUAACUACAUUCCUAGCCAUUGUCAUUUGUAUAUUUGUCUCCUGUCGACAUUCCAGAUACCGUAAUUGUGAUUCCUCAUCUGAGAGAUCAUCUCCAAGAACUGUACAAACAGAGAUGGCAGAAGGGGAGGUAACUCGUCCAGGCACCCUGCCAGAACUUGACAGUUUGAUUGGAAGUACAAAUAAACAAACAGAUUCAUUAAUGAGCCAACCCGGUCAGAGAGACACACCUCCACCGUCCUACUGGGAUGUUUUAGUAGAUGAUGCUGUUGUAAAGUGAUAAUUUGAAUAAUCCUUUUUGUAUGAUACAGUGUUGAUUUAUAUGUGAGAAUCUAUUUGUGUAUGAACUCCAUUGUGUAACAAGAGAAUUGACAACAAAUAUAUGUGCUGAACACUGGUUUAUAUCAUAUCAUAACUUUUGUGCAGGGGUUCAAUCAUUUAAUAAAAAUCAUUACAUCUGACAUUCAUGACAGUGCUGAUUAAAUAGUUUGAAUUUCCUCUGGAACCAUAUAACAAUAGG